AUGUGUCUCAUGCCUUAUGCCCUAUUGAGCCGUGUGUGGUCUCUCAGUUUAGUAUUGCUUCAACAUUCUAGUAAGUGGUAUAGUAGAUUACAUCAAUAUUUAAAUCAACUACCCGAUAAAGGUGUUAGUAUUUUUGCACAUGAUUAUGAGUUACCAGAUAACUUGGAUACAUUGGUUAAUAUGAAAAACAUAAAUAAAGAAGGCAGAUUUGAAUGGACACAGAAAUUAAGUUUAGAUGUAGACUCUAUUUUAGUUGAAGAUGACGAAGGUGAACUGUGUGAGAGCAUAUUGAAAUAUGUCAAUAAUAUAAAUAAAACAUCUAGUAAAACCGCUAAAUCAGAAAAACCAGACUUACAAAUGACACUUCCCGUUGAAGACAAAGUAGUAGAAAAUAUUAGACAACCUAUGAAGAACACUCAAAAGGUCAAUAAUGACCAGGGCGAAGUUAUAUCAAGAGAAAUGUUUAAUAAACUCUACAAGAAAAACACUACCGAGACAAAUCCUGUUCAAAAGGAGAAGAAAAUAAUUAAUCAUGAUAUUGACAAUAUUGUAGAUAGAAACAGUCUACAGGCCUUUAUAAAGGCUGAAGAAGAAUUCAGAAAUAAUUCUGAUGAAAAAUCUCUUACUACACACUUAAGUUUUAUGCAAUGGCAGGCUUUGAAAACUGCUCUUUUGAAUUUAGAUAAUCCUCUUAUUAUGUCUGAUAAACUUGAGAGAAAAACAAAAAAAAUAUGGCAAAAGAAAUGUUUGGACUAUAAAUAA